UAGUUGCUUCAGUUUGGUCUGCUUGUGUAAAUAUUACGAAGAAAAAUACUAAGCUAAUCUGAAAUGUGCUGUUCAAACGAUCCAUCGUUUUGGCGACAGAUACUUAUAUUAAUAUCAAGUAGUUGCUAUUCGUUGGGCAUAGGAAUUAGUUUAGCGCACCCCAGCGCCCUCAAUGCUGCUAUCUUAUCUCCAAACGCCACUGAUAUUAAAGCAACGAUCGAUCAAGCCUCUUGGAUAGCUUCCAUCCAAGGCUUUUCUGGUUUACUCGGGUUUUUUAUCUACUCCCCCUUGAUACAAGUUAUAGGCCGAAAACCAGUCAAUAUCUUGUUCCAGAUAGGUAUCAGUAUAGGAUGGAUCUUGUUAUACAUCAGUAAAACUGUCACCAUGUUAUUAAUUGCUAAGUUUAUACAAGGACUUUCAAUAGGAGGAUUUUUUGUACUAGCAUUAACAGUCAGUGAAUUAACACAUCGAAGUAAAAGAGGAGUAUUUUUGACGAUUAAAAAGAUUGCUUUAUCGUGUGGAUCUUUAUUAUGCCAUUUUCUUACUUUUUCCUGUGAUUGGAGACAAAUAGUUCUAGUGGCAAUUAUCCCACAUAUUUUAGCAACAUUAAUAAUUUUAUUCUGUAAAGAAAGUCCAUCAUUUUACGCGAUGAAAGGACAAUAUUCCAAUUGUAUGAAAUCUUUUCAAUGGUAUUUCGGUGACUCUGAUGAUAGUAAACGAGAAAUGAAGUCAAUAAUAUCAGCACAAAUGGAAAGAAGGAAUAAAGAUAAACCGCUGAAGGAUAAGAAUUUUAGAUGGUUCAAGAAAAUGUUACGUAGAGAUUUUCUAAUACCUUUUGUAAUCGCAAGUCUAGCUACAAUAGCAGUAGAUUUCAGUGGGAGAUAUUUUCUAUUAGGUUAUAUUCCUAAUAUAAUGAUUGAAUUAACUGGUGACAAAAACAUAGCGUUAUAUUAUUCGAUAAUAUUUGAUUGUUUAAUAAUUCUAGCUCUGUGUAUAUCAACUGUGGUUAUAAAAUCAUUUAAAAGACGAACAAUAUUAUUUAAAUUUGGUGCCGCGUCUAUAGCUUUGAUGUUCACAGUUUCUUUAUCCGAAGCACUUAAAGAAACUCUAUUAAUUAAAUGGUUUACACCUUCUUUGUUAUUAUUGCAUAGUUUUGUUAGUACUUUUGGUUUGAUACCAGUUUCUUUUACGAUUUCAAUGGAAAUAUUUCCUUUAGACCAUAGAGCUAUAGGCUCGUUCACAACUGGCAUUGCUUUCACUCUAUUUUACGCUAUCACUAUGAAAAUUGUACCUUUAAUGAUGGAUAGAAUUGGUAUAGGAGGCACUUAUUUUAUAUUUAGCCUAUGCGUUACUAUAUGUUUAACAAUAUUAUAUUAUAUACUACCUGAAACAAAGGAUAAGAGUUUGCAAGAAAUAGAAGACGAAAUAAGAGGAGUUAAAAGAUCAGAGGCUGAAAUUGAAUUAAUACUUUCGAAUGCAACUAUGAAGGAUUUUUAAAAUGUUUCUAACCUAAAAAUAGUUUAUGAAAGUACAUCUUCAAACGUUAUAUACAUGGUGCUCUAUAUUAUGUUACCUGUCAAAACAAAAGACAUCGGAAAAAAUGUCGUAAUAUUUUGUGAACCGAUGGUUAAAAUUAGAAAUUUAUAAGGAAUAUUUGUGACAAUCACCUUCGUACCGUCAUCGUUAAAUAUGUCAAAAUUAGUAUGACAUUAUUGGUGUACUUUAUGCCCGAU